AUGGCCUGUACCAACGUCACAAUGGCACUUAGAAGUUAUAGAUCGCUUGUUGGCUCACAUCCUGUAAGCUCGGAAUUGAACUUGUUGGUGGUGCCAGGUGUCCAUACUCCCGAUGCCCACAAGGAUCAAUUAGGAUUCAGUCCAAUAUGUCUCAAUGUCACCAUUGGACCAACAGUCAUCAGUGAUACCGACCCACUAGUGUUCGACUACAGCUCAAACUCCAAUCAUAUGACCAUGAUCAAUGCUCAAGUACUCUCAAUCAACAACAAGGUCACAAUGGUUCUGAAUGAUGUGAUCAUGACUUGCGCCUACCUUCCCAACAUGCCACCUCUGCUCGAGAUGAGGCCAAACGAGAUGGAAGCCGAUCAAUAUGGUGCUCGCACUCUGAUCAUCAAUGGUGGAGCAGUUGUUAACUGUACUCUACGUGAUACUUACUUGAUCAUUGUGGAUGGUGCCAACUUGGUGAUUGACAACUUCCAGGUCUCAAACAACAAUGCUAACAAUAUGCUCCAGAUCCUUAAGUCCGUGACGACCAUCACAAACACAUUGUUCCAUAACAACUGGGUCGACUACAUCAUGUUCGUUCUUGACAACACUCUGGAGACCGUGUUUAGCAACUGCACAUUCAGCCAGAACCAUAUGUCCACAGUUACAGGGCUCACCAUGAUCCAACAUGCGAUUGGACCAUUGACCAUUACCGACUCGGUGUUUGAAGGUAACUACAACUUGACCAUUUUGAUCGAUGUGUCGGAUGGGGAGGUCAGCAUUCAAGAUACAACAUUCAUCAACAACAAUGUGAUAGGUGGUCCUCUGUUGCAAGUGUCGUCAAGCACAUUCAACAUGACCAACGUCACUUUGACAUCGGACCAAUAUGAACAGGUACAAUAUAUAGUAGAGUUUCAGUCGACCAAGGUCAGUCUGACCAAUGUAGUCUUUGACGACCAGCCAUAUGUAGUUAAAGACGUGAUAGCAUGUUACGAAGGAGACAUCACAUUCAACAAUGUCACCAACAAUGUUGGUGGCUCAGGAUUGAUCGAUUGUAAAUAUCCAGGUCUAUGCACAAUCCAAGGUGAUCAACCUAACAUCUGUCCCCAACAACAUUGA